UCCCCCUCCCCCUCCUCCUUCAUCCCCCUCCCGUCCCGUCCGGCACUCAGUGUCCCUUUCAGUCAGUAUGAAAUAUUCUCGGGCCUCGGCUCUCUUCCUCUCCUUUUCUUCUUUCUCAGCUGUAUACGCACACCACGGUCGCUCCCUCGACGCACACUCCCAUCAAUCUCGCGCAGUUCUUCCUGACUCCUGGGCACACGACACAGACCACCCUAUUCACGCUCUAUUCCGCCGUGACAUUCCCAACGAUGGAGCAACUUACCCCGAUGUAGGCUCUGCCACUUGGUCCGCCGCUUACCCUGAGGGCACUCCCGACUCUAGCAAGAUGCCCCAGGCGUGGAAGGAUGCCCUCAACGCUGCCGUCCAGGCUGGCAAGAUCCCUGACAUUCCCCCUACUACCGUCCCUGCUGGUCAGAACCCAGUCUAUGCGAACAACCUCGAUCCCAUGAGUCCCCAGGUCUGUUCUUCAACCUACAAGUGCAGGAUCUCCACCGACGUUUGGGAUGCACCCGACGGUGUCGUUGGAAUUAGCUUCGACGACGGCCCGCUUCCCCCGUCAGAUGGCCUCUUCGAUUUCCUUAAACAAAACGACGUCCACGCCACCCACUUCUUUAUCGGUGUCAAUAUCCUUGACAACUGGAGACAGUUCCUCCGCGCCAUCUACGACAUUGAGGAUGAUAUUGCCGUGCACACAUGGACGCACCCCUACAUGACUUCCUUGUCCAACGAGGAUGUCGUCGCGCAGUUGGCCUGGACGAUGCAGAUCAUCCACGACUCGACCGGUGGCCGCGUCCCGCGCUUCUGGCGCCCCCCCUACGGCGACAGCGACACCCGCGUGUCUGCCAUUGCCAAGGAGGUGCUGGGUAUGACCACUGUCAUCUGGAACCAGGACUCUGAGGAUUGGAGCAUGGAGACCGGCGGCACUACCCUGCAGAAGAUCCACGAUCAGAUGACCGGGUGGUACGGAGGCGCCAAGACUCCGGGCCUCGUCAUCCUCGAGCACGAACUCACCAACGACACCGUCAAGGCAUUCAUUGACGGCUUCUGGAUGGCCAAGUCGAACAACUGGCAGAUUGAGUCUAUCGCACGCAUGGAUGGCACCAACCACCCCUACCAAAAUGCGGAUGGCCCUGUGGGUGCCGUGACCGGGUCGAGCGUCGUCGCUGCCGAUAAUGUCCAGAACAACAACGCGGCGAGCGGCUCCUCGGCUGCCCCUUCGUCUUCUGCCAGCGCCAACGCCAGCUCCACUCCGUCGAGUACCGCCUCCAGCUCAUCGAAGUCGGCCUCGAGCAGUUCCAAGCCGUCGACAUCAUCGGCCACGACGAACAGCACCAGCAACUCUACGACCGGGAGCAGUGACCAGACGCACGUGAGCCCGGCGGCGGCGACUGGCCCGUCUAUCGCGCUUGCGUUUUCGACUAUCCUGUUCAGCCUUGUCUUGACGGCGUGGUAGACCGUGCAUAGUCGUCUUCUAGAUCGCUCGCGCGAUCUAGGGUUGGUUAUGUGUUCCAUAUUGUGUAACCAAUGGCACGACGCGACAAGGUUUUGACGAGGCGUAAUGGUAUAACACGUAUAAUUUUUUCACUGUAUCUGUUCGACAUUUUUGGAACCGUGGCGCACACUCGAUCGAACAACUAUAUCCCCACGUUUCCUAGCAUUCCACUCGCAUACCUUGUUUUGACCCGACCGCCCCACCCGACGCGCUCGUUUGUUUAUCUAUUUAUUUAUUAGUUUCGAGGGUCUCUUUUAUUCGUGGGUAAAAGUUGAACGCUGCUGUCUGGCCUGUCCCUCCGCGACGGGCAUGGUGGUGAUUGGGUCCGUUUUGUUUCGUUUAUCGGACAUAACAUGUGCCGUUCUACGCGUUCACUACCUAGCAGCCUAGCAGCCUACCACUUAUGAAAUGCGCUCGCGACGGCCAUCGCUCAUCAAUGGCAUCACUAUUCAUCAUGUC